CACAAAAACAUGGUUCCCUUGUUUUGAACCCGUAAAGCGUGCUAAGUGUUUCUUUCACUCCACUGCGCAUGGGGAUGCUUUUUCCGUGACUGAGCGGCUGGAAAACGCUGGUGGGAGACGAUGGCAGAGGCCGCGGAGACGUGUGCUGAACCUGGACGCAGGCUGCGCUCCAUCUGCCGGAGGAUGUACGACGAGAACGAGGAUUUAUCUGAUGUGGAAGAAAUUGCAAACAUCAGAGGCUUCAGUGUGGAGGAGAAACUUGCCAGUGCCACUUACAGUGCAGACUUUGUGCACUUGAUGGAGGGUAAAGACUUCACUUAUGAAUAUGUGCAAAGGGAGGCUCUUAAGAUCCCACUGAUCUUCAAAGAGAAAGAUGCUUUAGGGAUCAGAAUGCCUGAUCCGGACUUUACUGUUGGUGAAAUUAAAGGAUUAGUUGGCAGUCGGCGGUCGGUGGACGUGAUGGACGUGAGCACUCAGAAAGGCUCUGAGAUGAGCAUGGCCCAGUUCGUGCGCUACUAUGAGACGCCGGAGGAGGAGCGCGACAAACUCUUCAACGUCAUCAGUUUAGAGUUCAGCCACACCAAGCUGGAGAACCUCAUCAAGCGGCCCACAGUGGUUGAUCAAGUGGACUGGGUGGACAACAUGUGGCCCCCUGACCUGAAACACAGCCAAACAGAAGCCACUAAUGUCAUCUCAGAGAUGAAAUACCCCAAAGUGCAAAGAUACUGUUUGAUGAGCGUGAAAGGGUGCUACACAGACUUCCACAUCGAUUUUGGGGGAACUUCAGUUUGGUAUCAUGUAUUCAAGGGACAGAAAGUGUUCUGGCUUGUGCCGCCGACUCCUCAUAACCUGGCCCUGUACGAGGACUGGGUCCUGUCAGGGAAGCAGAGCGACGUCUUCCUGGGAGAUCGAGCUGACGGAUGCCAGCGAGUGGAGCUUAAGCAGGGAUACACCUUCUUCAUCCCAUCUGGGUGGAUCCAUGCUGUCUACACUCCCGUAGACACGCUGGUGUUCGGAGGCAACAUUCUGCACAGCUUCAACAUUCCUAUGCAGCUUAACAUCCAUGAGAUCGAGAACAGGACAAAGGUUCACUCCAAAUUCCGUUUCCCCUUCUACUACGAGAUGUGCUGGUAUGUCCUGGAGAGAUACCUGCACUGUCUGACCAAGCGCUCCUACCUUUCUCAGGACAUCCGGAAAGACUCCAUGGAGUAUGAAGGCAAGAUAAAGAUGGAGAGCCCAUUUUCGGACUCCAGGAGUCAGGACGUGAACGAAGACUCGUGUGGGACUCAAAUCAAGGACGACCAGGGGGAGAAACCAGAGCGAGUUCCUCAGGACGGUCCCUGCUCGCCGGACUACAGCAGAGGCCAGCAUCUCCGAGCCGUUCUGUCUGUAGACUCAGAAGACAGCUGCAAUCCCGGCUCCACCUCUCUGGAUUUCCCCAAAACCCCCUCAGACUCCCCGGCCUCAGAGUCUCAGAGCAAGUGGACUCACCUGACCGAGUUUGAACUGAAUGGACUCGGGACGCUGGUGGAGAAGCUGGAGUCGCUCCCCGAGAACAAGAAGUGUGUUCCUGUGGGGAUCGAAAACCCACAAGCUCUGCUGGAGGACAUCAAGCUCCUUUUAAAAGAGCAUGCGGAUGACGACCCCAAGUUAGCAAUCACUGGAGUUCCUGUGGUGUCCUGGCCGAAGAAAACUGUGAAACCCCGGACUCCCAACCGGCCGAAACCUAAGAUGGCAGCUUCUCCUGCCUCGGCAGUCAAGCUGUCGGCCAGUCGGGGAACAUCUGGUGCCAGGAGGAGAAGGACGCGCUGUCGAAAGUGCGAGGCAUGUCUGCGGACGGAGUGUGGCGAGUGCCACUUCUGCAAGGACAUGAAGAAGUUUGGUGGUCCUGGAAGAAUGAAGCAGUCCUGCAUCAUGAGGCAGUGCAUAGCUCCUGUUCUUCCUCACACAGCAGUGUGUCUGGUCUGCGGAGAGGCGGGGAAGGAGGACACGGUGGAGGACGAGGAGGAGAAGUUCAACCUCAUGCUCAUGGAGUGCUCCAUCUGCAAUGAGAUAGUUCACCCAAACUGUCUGAAGAUCAAGGAUUCAAAUGGAGUAGUGAACGAUGAGUUGCCAAACUGCUGGGAGUGCCCCAAGUGUAACCACGCGGGAAAAACGGGAAAAGCCUCAAAGCAAAAAAGGGGCCCAGGGUUUAAGUACGCAUCAAACCUGCCCGGAUCGCUGCUCAAGGAGCCCCGGCUGAACCGAGACUCCAAGGAGGAGCCCGACCUGCCGAUGGUGACCGCAACAACCGUGAGCACCUUAUUAACCGCCGCCGCCGCCGUGAAGAGGAAGGCCGAGCGGGACGUGAUCUCCAAGAGGAGCGACGAGGAGCCGCCAAAGAAACGGCCGCCCCUGCUCGCCCUGGAUGGGCUGGCCCGGCCGCGACUCGAGGACAAUCCGUUAAGAAAAAAGAGGAAACUUUUUGACACGAAUGACGAGCCCAUCCUCAUGAAAAAGAAGAAGAAGCUUUCCAAACCUGAUGAUCCAUUUACUUCGAAGCUGUUGCGGCAAGUCAAGACAGAGAAUGAUCACUGUGACGAGGAGGAGGAACAGGAGGAUCACGAUGAAGACAGAUUGCUCUUGAAUAAGAUGCAGUUGAAGGAGAAAAAUGAAUAUGACGACGAGGAGCAGGAGGAAGAUGCAGAGGAAGACGAGGCAUUGGCAAAGGACAGAGAGAACAAUGUCGAGGACAAGACGAAGCUCCUGUCCAAUCCGCUGCUGAGAACGUGCGCGGCCAGAGACGGCGAUCAGGCCUCGUCCAACUCUCCCCGAGCGGGGCCGAGCGGAGAGGCGGGGGACGGCCAGGAGAGGAGCGCCGCUCAGCUCAAAGCUCGCCAUCAGCGCAGACGUCUUCCAAACAAAGAGGCGGGCAAAGAGUUCAAUCAGGAGAUCUCCCGGACGGAAGACUGCCUGAGCAGCCCGAAGCACGGUCCGGCAAAGAGCGAGGACGGUGCGGCCGCUCUCAGCCGCCGGCCGCCGAAGAGCGAGGACUGCCUGGCCAAUCAGAAUCGGAAACCGGUGAAAGCGGAAGACGCCGCCACCAAUCAGUGCCGCAGAGCGAUAAAAGUGGAGGAAGGCGCGACCAAUCAGAACAGACAGCCGCUGAAAACGGAGGACGGCCUGGCCAACCAGAACCACCGGCCGGUCAAGCACGAGCCCGAGAGCGAGCCGGACGACCAGAAGCCGAGGUGGCCCCUCAACAACGGCAGCGGCGACCUGGGAGACUGGCUGCGGCACCGGGGGCGGGAGGUGAACGGCACGCCCCGCGGGUAUUCGCCGCCCGGCUGGAACCGAGGCACGCCCGUCGCACCGAUAUGCCCCCGGCCCCUCCCCUGCCGGUCGCCGCCCAAAUGCAUCCAGAUGGAGCGCCACGUGAUCCGGCCCCCUCCCAUCAGCCCCCCGCCCGACAGGCUGCCGCUGGACGACGGCGAGGCGCACGUGAUGCGGCGGGAGACGUGGAUGACGGUCUUCGGCCACCUCACCCACAGAGACCUGUGCGUCUGCAUGCGGGUCUGCAGGACCUGGAACAGGUGGUGCUGCGACAAACGGCUGUGGAAGCAGAUCAACCUGAACCGCUGCAAGUCCAUCACGCCUCUCAUGCUGAGCGGCAUCAUCCGGAGGCAGCCGGUGGCUCUGGACCUCAGCUGGACCAACAUCUCCAAGAAGCAGCUCAGCUGGCUCAUCAACAGACUCCCAGGCCUGCGCGUGCUGCUGCUGUCAGGUUGCUCCUGGGUGGCCGUCUCCGCUCUCUGCACCUCCAGCUGCCCUCUGCUGCGAACUCUGGAUGUUCAGUGGGUCGAAGGACUGAAAGACGCUCAGAUGAGAGACCUGCUGUCUCCUCCCACCGACAACCGGCCAGGCCAGCUGGACAACAGGAGCAAGCUGCGUAACGUGGAGGACUUGCGUCUGGCCGGGCUGGACAUCACCGACACGUCUCUGCGCCUCAUCAUCCGGUACAUGCCCUCGCUGUCCAAGCUGGACCUCAGCUACUGCAACCACGUCACCGACCAGUCCGUCAACAUCCUGACGGCGGCGGGAACGACCACCAGAGACUCGCUCACCGACAUCAACCUGUCAGUCUGCAACAGGGUCACGGACCAGUCGCUGACCUACUUCAAGCGCUGUGGGAGCAUCUGUCACAUCGACCUGCGAUACUGCAAACAGGUGACCAAGGAGGGCUGCGACCAGUUCGUGGCGGAGAUGUCCGUCAGCGUCCAGUUCGAACUGAUAGAAGAGAAGCUGCUGCAGAAGAUCAGCUAGGCGGACGGAGGCGCUCCGGCGCUUGGAGGCGACCGUCCACACGGAGGCAGCAGACGACCGCAGGCUCGCUGAACGGCAGGACGGAGAAUGAGGCUCUUCCUGCUGAGCCAGAAUGUAAAAAAAAAACAAAAACAAAUGAAGUUUUGUCCAGUGAAGGCAAUAUUACGAACAUUUAUUUUUUUGUUUCACCUGUUUAUAAGUUAUUUAUUUCUUUAUAUUGAUUGUUUACGUAUUGUAUCACAGUUAUCUUUUGGUGUUUAUAGACUUAUUUUUUUGUUUCAAUGCAAAGUUUAUUGCAUUAUAGAUGAAUAUUUUUGUAUCAGAAAGUGUUUCGUACAUUUACGUGCAGUAUUAAAUGCACCGCUGUACAUGAUCAUAGCAUCGAACCUGAUAAUCAGUCGGCAUUACUGUUAAGCUCUUUAUUGUCGAGAGGCAGAAGUCCCAGCGAUUCGUUGCCAAACCGUAGGAUGGUAGCUUGUAUUAGUGUGAGUGUUUUUAUAUUUUAUUAUAUGUGCCAGAGCUCCGUUUCCUAUUAGACAAAAGGUACGGGAUAUUUUGUUUGUCCACGUCCUUUUGGAUGAGAUAUCUAGCAGAAAAGUUUUAAAAAAAACAAAAAGUUAUUUGCACUGAUGCGGUCAGUAUGAAUACGUGAAUGUAUUCUCACAUACACUAUACAGUGUACAGUGUGUAAAGCAUAUUUUUUCAACACUAAAGUGUUCUGCUAAUUUUACUAACGACUCGUAGUUGACCGGGUUAUAUUGCGGCGUACGUGCACACGGAGUCUCCGUCCGUCCCUCUCCAGCGGUCUGGGUGCUUUGAGGAGGAAGCCUUUUAGCUCUGCAUGCAAGCAAAGACACGUUUACACCACAGCCAGUAGAUCUAGUUACUGUUAGCCCAUAUAACCACCACUUUACCCCGGUACUUAAUGAUAAAAGAAAGCGCCGAGUCGUGGAAGGAAUGAGGAAUCAGCAGGGCUGAAGGGUGAGACGGUUGAUUACUCAAAAGUGAGAGUUAUUUCCCUAAAAAAAAGAGCAGUGUGAUCAGACUGGCAAGGAAAAAUAGAUACCUUUUUACUUUUUGUUUACACCCAGGAUGUUUUUAUCCUGCAGUGUUUAUUUCAAAUAUGUGUAAUUCUGAAAAAAAAAGUGACUACAAAUGAUGAUUACUGAAGCAGAGUGAAUCAGUAGUAGAAACUGUUGGGUCACUUUCCAGAUGGCUCUAAUGACAGUUCAGAAACUCUUCAACUAAUAAACUAACCAAGAAAAUAUAAGACCAAACACUCGACAGUGUGAGAGAAAAGACCUGUUUUUCUUUGUGUCUAUAUUUUGUGUGAAGAGGCAGCGGCAGAUUAUCCUGAGGAUCUGUGAAAAAGCUGAAAGAGAUUUUUGUUUAUUUUUUAGUCUGAGAGUUCACUGAAGAUGUUGUGUUUUGACACUGGCUGUUUUUUUUUAUUUUUUCUGAAAAGUGUUAUUUUUUUUUCUAAUUAAUGAUGGAAACAAUGCUCAUCGUCCUAAUGAGGGAUUUUGCUGUUGGAGCGU